GGUUGCUGCUGCCGCGCUGUGCGAGGUUCUCCUCCGGCGCAGGUGGCUGCUGCAUGCCUGGGCGAGCCAGCCAGGGCGAGAGGCGGCGAGGGGAGGGCUGCGCCGGGCAAGGCAGGAUGGCGAGCGCGGAGGGGAGGCAGCCAGGCGGAGGCAGGAUGAGGGCAUGAGAAGGAAGAGGCGCAGGGCGCGGGCAGGCAGCACGCCUUUGGCACUCACCCCGGGCUGGGCACUGCGAUGGGAAGGUCUCCGGCACGAAGGGCGCUUCUCAGCUAGGAUGAUCCUCCUGGUCGGUGGGCUAUAGUACUAUGAUUUGGUAUGUGGCCACUUUGAUAGCAAGUGUGAUCAGCACCAGAGGACUCGCGGCUCAAGGUGCCCACGGUUUAAGGGAGGAACCCGAGUUUGUGACGGCUCGUGCUGGGGAGAGCGUGAUCCUGGGAUGCGACGUGAUCCAUCCGCUGACGGGCCAGCCCCCUCCGUACGUGGUGGAGUGGUUCAAGUUUGGAGUGCCUAUCCCCAUCUUCAUCAAGUUUGGGUUCUACCCUCCCCAUGUGGACCCAGAAUAUGCCGGCCGUGCCAGCCUUCAUGACAAAGCAUCUCUGCGCAUCGAUCAGGUUCGCUCCGAGGACCAGGGCUGGUACGAGUGCAAAGUGCUCAUGUUGGACCAGCAGUACGAUACUUUCCACAACGGCAGCUGGGUGCAUCUCACGGUCAACGCUCCUCCCACCUUCACAGAAACUCCCCCCCAAUACGUAGAGGCAAAAGAAGGUAGCAGUAUCACCCUGACCUGCAUGGCAUUUGGGAACCCCAAACCGACUGUCACCUGGUUGAAAGAGGGGGACCUCUUAGGUGCCAACAACAAAUAUCAGGUUAGUGACGGGAGUCUGACUGUUGUAUCGAUCAGCCGGGAUGACAGAGGUGCUUACACCUGCCGAGCUUACAGUAUCCAGGGAGAGGCUGUGCACACCACCCGCCUGCUUGUCCAAGGGCCCCCUUUCAUCGUUUCCCCUCCUGAGAACAUCACAGUCAACAUCUCCCAGGAUGCAAUGUUCACCUGCCAGGCCGAAGCAUAUCCAGGCAACCUGACCUACACGUGGUACUGGGAGGAGGAGAACGUCUACUUUAAGAACGACCUAAAGCUGCGGGUUCGGAUCCUGAUCGAUGGCACGCUGAUCAUCUUCCGGGUCAAGCCAGAAGAUUCCGGGAAGUAUACCUGCAUUCCAAGCAACAGCCUCGGACGCUCUCCGUCGGCCUCUGCCUACCUGACUGUGCAAUAUCCUGCCCGUGUGGUCAACAUGCCACCCAUCAUCUACGUUCCCGUCGGUAUACAUGGAUACAUCCGCUGCCCGGUUGAGGCAGAGCCCCCAGUUUCCCUGGUCAAGUGGAAUAAAGAUGGGCGCCCUCUGCGCAUUGAAAAGUAUUCUGGCUGGAGUCUGAUGGAAGAUGGCUCAAUUCGAAUAGAAGAGGCAACAGAAGAAGCUCUCGGCACAUACACCUGCGUGCCUUAUAACGCCCUGGGUACAAUGGGCCAGUCACCCCCUGCCCGACUGGUACUGAAGGACCCGCCCUAUUUCACGGUGCUACCAGGCUGGGAAUACAGACAAGAGGCAGGGAGGGAGCUCUUGAUCCCCUGUGCUGCUGCAGGAGACCCCUUUCCUGUCAUCGCCUGGAGAAAGGUAGGGAAGCCUAGUAGAAGCAAGCACAACACCCUUCCAAGUGGCAGCCUCCAAUUCCGAUCUCUCAGUAAGGACGACCAUGGAGAAUGGGAAUGUGUCGCUACCAACAUCGUCACAAGCAUCACUGCUAGCACUCAUCUGACAGUCAUCGGCACAAGCCCUCAUGCCCCGGGCAACGUGCAUGUCUCCGUCUCCAUGACCUCUGCCAAUGUUUCCUGGGAACCCGGCUAUGAUGGCGGAUAUGAACAGACAUUCUCAGUUUGGAUGAAGCGAGCACAGUUUGGACCUCACGACUGGCUCUCUCUUCCAGUACCAGCUGGCCCCAGUUGGCUGCUCAUGGAUAACCUCGAACCUGAGACUGCCUACCAGUUCAGCAUCUUGGCCCAAAACAAGCUGGGUACAAGCUCCUUCAGCGAGGUGGUCACUGUGAACACUCUAGCAUUCCCUGUAACAACUCCAGAACCCCUGGUGCUGGUUACUCCACCGAGGUGCCUAACAGCCAAUCGGACGCAGCAAGGAGUCCUACUGUCAUGGCUCCCUCCAGCCAAUCACAGCUUUCCGAUUGACCAUUAUAUCAUGGAGUUCCGGGUAGGAGAGAGAUGGGAGAUUUUAGAUGAUGCCAUCCUGGGGAGUGACAGUGACUUUUUUGCCAAGGAUUUGACUCAGGACACGUGGUACGAAUUCCGAGUUCUGGCUGUCAUGCAGGACCUCAUCAGCGAACCCAGCAACAUUGCUGGCGUCUCCAGCACAGACAUUUUUCCCCAGCCAGACCUGACUGAUGAAGGGUUGGCCCGGCCCGUGCUGGCAGGGAUUGUGGCCACCAUUUGCUUCCUCGCCGCUGCCAUCCUGUUCAGCACCCUAGCCGCCUGCUUUGUCAACAAGCAACGCAAACGGAAACUCAAGCGCAAGAAAGACCCUCCUCUUUCGAUAACCCACUGCAGGAAGAGUCUGGAGUCUCCGUUGUCGUCCGGCAAGGUGAGUCCCGAGAGCAUCCGCACCCUUCGGCCCCCCUCCGAGUCCUCCGAUGACCAAGGCCCAUCUGGCAAGCGGAUGCUGAGCCCCAGCAGGGAGAAGGAGCUGUCGCUCUAUAAGAAGACCAAGCGUGCCAUCAGCAGUAAGAAAUACAGCGUUGCCAAGGCUGAGGCAGAAGCCGAGGCGACUACCCCCAUUGAACUCAUUAGCCGUGGGCCAGAUGGCCGUUUUGUCAUGGACCCGUCGGAGAUGGAGCCCUCACUCAAGACCCGCCGGAUCGAGGGCUUCCCCUUUGUGGAGGAGACGGACAUGUACCCGGAGUUCCGCCAGUCAGAUGAAGAAAACGAUGACCCCGUGAUGCCUUCCUCUGUGGCAGCCCUCAAGUCCCAACUGACACCUCUUUCCUCCAGUCAGGAGUCUUACCUUCAGCCACCAGCAUAUAGUCCCAGAUUCCAUCGGGCCCUGGAGGGGCCAAGUGCCCUGGAGAGCCGCCUUCAAGCUACAGGCCAGGCUCGGCCUCCAGCCCCCCGACCAUUCCACCACGGCCCCUAUUACGGUUACCUCAGCAGCAGCAGCCCCGGGGAGAUGGACCCUCCUCCUUUCUACAUGCCAGAGGUCAGCCCUCUCAGUUCCGUCAUGUCUUCUCCUCCUCUGCACCCCGAAGGGCCCUUUGGCCACCCCACCAUCCCCGAGGAGAAUGGGGAGAAUGCUUCCAACAGCACGCUGCCCCUGACCCAGACUCCAACGGGGGGCCGGUCCCCUGAGCCAUGGGGCAGGGCUGAGUUCCCUUUCAGUGGCCUGGAGUCCUCGCCCAUUAUGUUUCCUCACCAGCUCCACCAGUGCGAAAUGGCUGAGAGCAUGCAGCCUAAGGCCAGUCUUCCGAGGGGGCCACCACCUUCCUCCCUCCAGGUCCCUGCGUCCUACCCUGGCAUUCUGGCCCUGGAAGCACCAAAGAGUUGGACUGGCAAGUCACCGAGCAGAAGCCAACCUUCUGUGCCCACCGCCACCAAAUGGCAGGACAAACCUAUGCAACCAAUGGCGAGUCAAGGGCAGCUACGACAUACCAGUCAAGGCAUGGGCAUACCCGUGUUGCCUUACCAUGGGCCGUCCGAGUCAGUCAGCCACAGCGGCACAAGCACAUUUGGCCUGGACACCAGGUGGUACGACCCCCAACCUAGACCUCGGCCCAGCCCUCGGCAAGUCAGGAGGGCCGAGCCCAGUUUACAUCAGGUGGUGCUACAACCUUCGAGGCUUUCCCCCCUGACCCAAAGCCCUCUCAGCUCCCGUACCAGCUCCCCGGAGCUGACAGCACGUGCCAGACCGCGGCCGGGCCUCAUCCAGCAGGCAGAAAUGUCUGAGAUCACCCUGCAGCCUCCGGCAGCGGUCACCUUCUCCCGCAAGUCCACUCCGUCAACAGGAUCUCCCGCCCUGAGCAGCCGGGGAGGGAGCCCCAGCUUCCGGCCUGCUAUGGCCUUCACUUCUUUGGCCACAGGCUACCCCCCCUCUCAGUGCCCCUCCCUGCCUGUGGAGCCCAUGGACGUCUUUGGACAAAUCCCCUCACCGAGGAGGACCAGGGAAGAGAUUCUUAGGCCGGAGCCAACGCCGACAACCAGUUCGGGAAAACGUCCAUCUCCAACCCGGAACGCUGCUGCACCUGAGAGGCUUGAAGCUCUGAAAUACCAGCGGAUAAAGAAGCCCAAAAAGCCAUCCAAGGGCUCCUCGAAAUCCAAAAAACAAAUCAAUGGUUCUGCCUCCCAGGUUCAGCAACAUCCUAACUCUCAGGUACUGUGGCCCGACGAAGCUGUCUGUCUCCGGAAGAAGAAAAGACACCCGCGCCAGGACCCCUUUGCCCGCCUCUCAGCACUGAAGGACGACCUCUGCCACCGGCAGGUUCCUGAAGACCAGACAGCCAUUCUCAAUAGUGUGGACCACGACGAUUCCAGUGGGCAUGCAACCUUACUUUAGAGUAGCACCAGCCAGAGGACGGGACAAGGGGGAAGCGGGCAGGGGGAAAGGGGGUGCAAAGGUCUCGCGACCCGGCAGAAUUUGUGCCGAAAUGGCAGGGAGAGAAGACACCGAAGCACAGGUGCGUGGCUAAUAUAAUUAAGGUGGGGGAGGGUCAUGGGCUUCGGUCUUCUUUUUCAUCUACCAGCAGGGUAAAGGUGCAUAACAAGCAAUCCAAUAUUGCCAAACAUGCACGUGACCCCUGUGUGGUCCUUUAACCGAAAGAAACCCAGCAUCAAGUCUUCAACCACGGUGGGAAGAGGUUUACAGCUUCUUGCGACAUCUUCUGUUGUAAUGCAGUCGGUGGGGAUAGGAAAUACCCUAAAUAAGAGGGCGGGAGGGAGUUGGGGUGAGGGAAAAUAUCCCAAUUUAACCUGGUUAGCUUUGUUCAGAUCUCCUGAACAGAGUCAGACCAAGUAAGAGCUAGGAGCAUGAAGCUCUAAGGUGGGGGGUGGGGGUGGGGGAGCUUUAAAGUGAUCACACUAGAAGACGAUUCUGGUGACCCUCAAACCUUCUUCUCUACUGUGGCUAAAGUUUCAUGUGUGCUGGGAGGGGGAUGACAUUUUACACCCUGGUUUCCAAAAUUAUAUAUAGAAUUUUUUUUUAAAAAAGAAAAAGAAUCAUAGAUGCAGGAUACAGUGUAUAUUUAUACAGUGUGUGUUUUAAUUUAGGUAGAAAACACUGUGGGGAGGGGGAAGCAAGAUACCCUGAAAUCAGGGAGCAGGUUGGGAUACCGUAGGAUGCAAUUUCGUGACAAAGAUUCCAGGCUGAGACUUAAGACCCAGUGGAUCUGUUGAUGUUGUGAAAGCGUUGCAAAAAUCAUAAUGGAAAACUUACCAGCACAAGAAUGGCAACAAAAAAUGAAAUCUGCUUGUCUCGAUCGUCACACCUUUUUGAUGUCUAAAUAUUCCAAGUGAAAAUGCAAAUUAUAGUUUACAUCCUUAUCUGUCAAAUGAAAACCUAGAAUUAGAUUAUGUAUUGUGUUUGGCACAGUUGAAUCGGCAUACAUGGGAACCGUCUUGGUUUACACUGAAAAGGCCGGAAUACUCUCCCCCCCCCGCUUUUUUUGUGUUGUUCCCCCCCCCCAAACUAGAAGAGAAAGCAUAGCCUUGUGGAAAUGCCGGGUUUGUGCCUCCUCAGUUGUACUUCCUGGCAAACUGUAGGUUUAGACUGACUAAUCUGAAGAUGCUCAUCGUGAUAUGUUAGUGUUUGUACCAUACUAGGCCACAAAAAGGACAUUAGUCUUUGUGUUCCAAGACCUCACUGCAUCAGUGGCUCUGCUCACAUGAUCUCUGCAGAGAUGUGGGGAGAGGCUGUAUUGCUUUUGUGUGCGAAUGUAACUAAGCGAGUUUCUGCUGUGAUUUCUGUCAUUUACAAUCCCUGUUUCUCUUGCUCAGACAUCAGCGGUUUGGCCAUUGCAGUUGGGGUGAUGAUGAGAGAUGAAGUCCAACAACAUCUGGUAUACAAUACACAUCCUGAGGUGGUGGAAAGGACUGUAGGAUUUCAGACUGCGGGUUGUGGAAUCACAUUUUUUUAAAUGUUCAUGUGUGUGUGUGUGUGUGUGUGUACACACACACACACACCCCUCUGCAAGGGAGAUGGAGAGAAUGGGGGAGAACUAGAAAUUUCCCCCCGAUGGACUAACUUGGUUUAAGUUCUAGUGAGUGGUUUGUGGUCUUUUUUAAAUGAGAGGAUUCAGAAAUGCAUGCAGUCUGUAGUGGCAUAGCCCACUCCACCAGCUCAGGAUCCUACCAUCUCACUCAAGCCAGCCCUCACUGUAAGCAGGUGACAAAACACACAGCAGCAGUUGUAAGGUGCAUCUGAGUAUAGAACGUAUUUCCACUAGCGACUAGUGAAACCAAAUACCAUAUGCCUGUUCUACAUCCUUUGUAUGCAUCGCGGCACCCAACUUCAUUUCCAAUUUGCUUCUGCUUUCUCCUUGUUUUGGUUCUUAAGGCUGUGUCUAGGCCAGCAACUUUGUCAUGCUUUGUUUCCUUUCGGUUUUGUCCCUUUCUGUCAGAGAAUAAAUAAUCCUACCAACCCA